UCUACCUCUCCCGCUCGGCAGUUAACGAUUGAUCGUUACCCGCGCAGUCUAGGACAUUCUCAGUGACUCAAAACAGCAAUACUUGGCAACAUAAUAUACGUAAAAACAAGUAUUUAACAAUGUGGCGGACGCAUGCCCAAACCAUUUUUAUAAUAAUAAUGUCCUUUUUGCCAUUUUGUACCAAUGAAGAAGCCAGUCUAGGUUUUCUAUGGUCUUCCACACCCAAACAAGAUGUCGAAAGGCAGGAUCAAGCGCCAUCUGGGGUGAAUUUUGAUGUUUCUAUGCACACGGAAUGUCUUCCAUUGUUUAACCUCUAGCUAGUUACCUAACAAAGUUAACCACCUCAAUGUUUCUCAUCAGACAUUCUUAUAUUCUGCGAACAAACGACCAGCUCUGGUUCGAAGUCACUGCGACAAUCGCCUGGCCUUGUACAUGGGGAAGUGGAUCCUCAUUACCAGGGCAUUAUUUGUGGAAUCAGCCACUCCACUCGAAUAUAAAGGGGCUGGUAAGCUUCAGGGGUCGGUGAGUUCUGCAGCUUUUGUGUUGGACAACCUUGCAAUUGUUAUCGACGGAAAGUUGUACUUAUACUCUCUAACUGAAGGGACAUGGACUCCUGCUCAAGGAGUGAAAUCCAUGGUGUCUACUGUAUCUGCACUACAGUGCUGCUUCAGCAAAGACAAGGCCUGCAUGGAUGUGAGCUCUUGUGUUCUGCUGUACAAUCUGGGGAGUGCUCUUGAGGACCAACAGGUCUACAUGUCCUCGAAUGGAGGCAAUUCCUUUUUUAACCUCCCUAUGGCCCCCAAGGCAACGGAAUUUAUCAUAGGGUUAUUCAACAUGCCCACUGUGUCAAGCAUCGUGGCUAUGUUAGCAGACAACCAAAGAAAGUUUUCUUUCCGGCACAUUUCCGAAAAUCGUUCGGUACAGACAGACAAUCACCCCAUGCGAGACCCGCUGUCCAGCAUCCAUGUGAUCCAGCCAGCAGGCAUGAGAGGCCACCUCAUCAUCUGGUCUCCACACAUGCUUCUCUACUCACCCAACCAUGGCGUUGUGAUUGUGCCGGUGUACAUUAUGGGAGAAGAGAAUGCCACCCUCCCGCCUCCUAAAGUCACCAUUUUACAGGUGGCAACAGACGACAACGGUGCGAUGGCUGUUCUCACCAGCGACGGGGUACUGUAUUAUGGCAGGGCUGGACUGGAGGCAACUACAGUAAGGUUUGCGUCUGUCAUUGACCUGUCCAAGGACAACCUGAUGCUGUUCAGUGACUAUGGGGACCUGAUGAUGAUCCAAGCCCGGGAGGACCUGCUGCUCAGAGGGGUGGACUUUGACCAUAAGGUUAUCAUUGUCCAGCAGGAGCUAACACGUACCACACCACCCGUUCAGUCCUGCCCAGUUGAGCAGUUCCACAGCACAUUUGCAGGGGAGCUCUUCUACAUCGACAUGGGCAGCACCGUCCACCUGUCUGCUGUCUACAUCCCCUCACCUCUUUGCAAAUUCUUCCCCCUGGUGACAGUUACAGAGUCUAAGCUUCUGUCCUUAGAUGAGAAGUGUGUAGAGGACGGCAUUACUACAGAGGGCACCAAGAAAUACCGCCUGGACAUUGAACUGAAGCAGUUGUUUUUUAUGGAGGCAGCAGACGGAACCCUCAAGCCGAGUUCCAGUCUACGUAAAGGCAGCCUCUCCACAGUAGCAGUAGACCUGAUGGGAAGAAACGUGUCCUGCAAAGACUUCAACCCCCUGAAAGCUCACAUUCUCAUUGGAUGCCCUCCUGGAAAGCAUACCCGAGUUCUUAAGGACAUAACCACUUGCACUAAAGGCACGUUCACUCAAGAGCAGCUUCAGGACAACUUCUCUUACGUCAUCCCCAAAGCUGUGUAUGACCCUCAGCACCUGUUCCGGCCUGGCUCUGCCUCCAGUGACCUGCACAUCUCCUACAGCAUCACAGACUACUUCUGCCCCUUACUGGUCUAUCACGACACCCCCUGGAUACCCUCCCUGGAGCUCUGGAACGGUAAUGAGUUUGUGGAGCAGGUGAGCGCUGACUUUGUGAUGUUCGAAGUGAACGGCAUGUAUAACUACCAGUACCUCCAGUCGGUCGAGGAUGCCAAGUGCGUCUCCCAGCCCCAGAACUGGACCUCUCUGCUGAGCCAGCAGCAAUAUGAACCUAACCCCAACACCGCCUGGACCAGGAAUAAUUAUAAGAGCUGCAAGGAUUCUGAUGGUCCGCCCCUCACUGACCCAGAAGCCCAGUAUCAGGUCCUCAACAUGGGCACAAGAAACAGAGUCUUGUUUCCCAACUACAACGGGAUGUACGUGUUCAGAGUCAUAGUGGUGGAUCCUAGCUACAGCUACUGCAUGCUGACCACUACGUUCAGUGUGUAUGUGUAUGGGGCGUUCCCUCCUCACCCUCUGCCCUCUUGUGUGGCACUGGGCAUCUUCCUGGCCAUCUUUGUGGUCCUGCUGCUCAUUGGCUUUUUCUUUAGCAAGCGGAAUUACAAAAAAUAGGAUGGACACACUACACACAAACAUAUAUACACACACACACACAUAUACACACACACACACACACACACACAUACACACACACACACCCAAAACAGGAAAUGCAUGGGUUGACAGCGCGAUCCUGGUUCUAUGAAAUCACAAGGUUGAACACCUGUCUCUGUUUAGUUGUUUGUUGUCAGGCAUCAGGGUCCCACUCAAAAGUCUUGUUGUCAUUGUUCAUGGAUGAACACCUCUGUGUGUUGACACUUAGGGAAAACACACGCAUGUCCUCUGUGCAGCGUGAAAUUAAUGUGAUGAGCUGUUCAGGAUGUUCUCUGCCAGUCACUGAUCCCUGUCUUGCCUUUUGUCAUG